AGAUAAACACUGGAAGCUGUUCAAGUACGUGUAGUAAGCCAUAUCCGUCUGCUAUAUAAAUUGUGUUCGCGUACAGCAUGGCACCACAGAAUGUUGGUGAGCUUGUCUGAAGGUAGAAUACUUCCAGUCCUCAAGGACCCUUUGAAGCAGUUCUCCGCGUCUUUGAAGGAUAUUGCAAUUUGGAGUUUAAACGGACAAGUGGCCCCUUUUUGAAGUUUGGAGAUUGUAUCUAAGCAGCUUUGGAGUUUUGAGUUCUUAUAAACUUAUGAGGACGGCAUCUUGCAACUUUCGCCAGUCAAAUCGGAUUUCAUUCCAUCAAAUUAACUUUCUGGCAGCUUUUGCCACAGCCGAUUUCAUUGUUACUUUGGUUAAUGUUGAUGUCUUCGUGGUAGGAAGAACUAAUUUUAUUGGUAGCCUGAUUUCUGAACGCCGUCACGCUAGAACAGAAAAACGGGUUUUAGUGAUAAUUCUAUCGGAUUCCAUGCCUCUGACGCAGUGUAGCGUGAACCGCGCACGUGCGCUCUUAACUGGAACAAAUUCCUCGUGAAAGCUGGCUGUAGAUAGUAAAACAAUACCAAAACAUUUAUGUUUGAAGACGUUAAGGAAUCUCAGGGAAGGCUGCCAAACUCUUUGGAAUAUAACUACCCUGACGGCGAUUUUCACCCAGGCUUUUCAUCAGUGAGAUUGGACGGAAAGAAACGCAAUGAGCAUGUUGGGAAUCGUUUUUCGCCUCAUCCUUCCAUUUGCCUGCAUCCUUCAAGGGUCUGCUGUACCCGUCCGAGAAGAACCCCUGCGUUCCAUACGCCUUCCAAUCACCAUGAUCCCCUUCCACUACAACAUUGACUUCCAACCAGACAUAUACACGCUCGACGAGUUUGACUUCCACCUUAAGGGGAAUGUCUCCAUCAAAAUGGAAUGCCGGGAGGCGACGAACAAGAUAGUACUACACUCAAAGGGAAUAACCCUAGCAAAUUCUAGUAUAGCUUUUGGCGAAUCGGGCCAGGAUUCGACCGGCUGGGUUGAUUAUUGGAGUGAAGAUGCUGACUUUGACUUUUUGAUAAUUCAUUUGAACUUUUGGACGACACCAGGUCGGGAGUAUCAACUUAGUAUGAGUUAUUCUACAAGGUUGGAGAUUAACCUGAUGGGGAUGUAUUACAGUAGUUAUUAUACAGACAUGGGCGAACUUAAGCACAUGAUAGCGACCAAUAUGGCGCCAGUGUACGCGAGGCGUGCCUUCCCAUGUUUUGAUGAACCGGGGUUGAAGUCGACCUUUGACAUCACAGUCAAGAGGAAGCUGAGUCACGUUGCCCUCUCGAAUAUGCCUCUCUUGGACUCAAAACCAUGGGAUGAUGACUGGAUACUAGAUCGGUUCAUUAGGACUCCAAACAUGUCAACAUAUCUAGUCGCUGUGGUGGUAACAGAAUACAAGUAUACCGAGACGAUCACGAACAAAGGAGUACAGAUAAGAAUAUGGGCCAAGGAAGAGGAUCUGGACAAAACCUUAUAUGCAUUAGAAGUGUCAAAAAUUGUUUUGGAGUUCAUGGAGGAUUAUCUUGGAUACACUUUUAAUUUGCCAAAACUAGAUCAAAUUGCCCUUCAUGACUUUAUGUACGCCGGAAUGGAGAACUUUGGACUCGUGAUCUACUUCGACACCUCUCUAUAUACGUUCUCAAAUGACUCCAAUGCCAAGCACAAUAUUGCUUACACCAUCUCACAUGAGAUUGCACACCAGUGGUUCGGAGACAUUAUCACCAUGAAGUGGUGGUCAGACCUCUGGUUGAAGGAAGCCUUCGCUGAGUACUUCGGCAAGAUCGGCGCCAAAGUGGGAGACCCUACAUUCAAACUGGUCGAGCACACCAUGAACCGUCAUCGGCGCGCCGCUCAGAAGGACAGCUAUCGCCUCUCGCAGCCCAUCGUCCUCCCAGAUGAUCGCUUUCAAAGUAAUGCCGACUUCACACAAGCUUAUGAUCCGUUUAUCCUAUACUGUAAAGGAGGUAUGGUGAUAGAGAUGCUAAAGUAUGCACUAGGGGAAGACACAUUCAUGAGAGGGAUUAAGCACUACAUUAGAAAGAAUGCCUUCACAGCAGUUUCAAGGAUAGAUUUUUUCAAGGCUAUGCAAUCAGUCGUAGACGUCUUCGGCGACCGGAACGGCAACCACAUGAACGUGGAAGAGUUUAUGGGAACGUGGCUCUACCAGAAAGGUUACCCCGUGGUGAAAAUCGCGGUAGAGAGGACCAAGAUACGACUCACACAGGAGCGCUACCUCAUCGGAUUCAGUAACUACAAUGUACAACAAUCUGUGGGAAACUUCUCAUCGCCCUACGGUUACAAGUGGGAAAUCCCGUUCAACCUGCAGACCAAUUCUCAGAUAGGACGCAGCAAGAGUGAUGUAAUCUGGAUGCAUCAGAGAAAUGUAAAUCUGACCAUCGGCUCCUUCGACCAUCACAGCAACUGGAUCCUCGGCAACGUGGACAUGACCGGGUUCUGCGUGGUCAACUAUGAAACGAAGAACUGGGAGAUUAUUUCAAACAUGCUGGAUCAAAAUAUAGACGCCUUUCCGUACCGAACUCGGAUACAAUUGCUCGAGAAUGCCAUCAGACUGAGCAGGUCUGGGAUGUUAAAGGUGGAGCGCGUAUUCGACCUGGCGCGAUUCCUGACCCACGAGGAAGCACCCUACCCUUGGUUUAUCUUCAUGAGCGAUGCCAGUUACAUCAGGAAAAUGCUCAUUUACUCUCCUACCUUCCCAGAACUCAAGAGAUAUAUGGCUCGACUCAUCAAGCCCAACUACGACAUCGCUAUACGACAAUAUAAAAUACACAAACUAAAUAUCAGCGCGGAUACCCAAGGCAUCAUCCAUAAUGCUUGUCGGUACGAAUUCUGGCCUUGCAUCCGACAGGCCAUGAGGCAGUUUAUAGCGAGCGGUUACAAUCUUACGGACGUCCCCCAGGAGAUGAAACAGACAGUGGUGUGUGCAGUAGUCGCCCAUGGUCCGCCAAGGAUCUUUCAGACCAUCAUGAGUAUCUAUCUCGGCGAACUAAAGGCCGCCACCGUAGUCUUCAAUGGCACAAAGGACGUUCACGACCACAGCCAUUUUAUUUUUUCUCCUCAUCUGUUUGGCUUAGCCUGUGUUAAGAACCCUGCCACCCUAAAAAGCAUGCUUGACUAUGCUUUCUCCCCGAAUACGACUUUGACGCGAACCAUCAGUUGUCACCUGUUACGGUUGGUCGCCAAGAAUCAUCUGGGGACUGCCAUGGCGCUGGACGCUCUCUUUGACCACUGGGGCUAUUUCACCGAAAGCCAAUCUAAACAAGUCCUUAAACUCUUCAGAGAUAUAUUGAACAGACGAGAUUAUCUGCAAGCGGUGCAGUUGUUCCGGAAUAGUCGCCCUCUAUCUGGAGGAGUUAUUGUGGAAGUCGACAGACUACUUGAAGCGAUUAAAGAGAACAUACGAUGGCUUGAACUGAAUGAAGAGAGUGUGACGCACUGGCUCGAAGAUUUCAACAGUAGGAAUUCAGACUGGCGCGUCAGCGGACGUAGACGAUAGCCCAGGGCGUAUGCGCGAAAUGAAGCAGACGAUUUAAUCGGAUCGCGGCUUGUGAUGGCUAGAGCUACAUUGGGAACUACCGAUAAGUUAUUUCUAAUUACAGCCCUGAUAAAACCGAAGUGAGGGAUCCUAUUCGUUGAUUCCAAAUUGGUACCUCGACGAAGCAGGAUUUAGCGCUUCUGAUUGGUUGAUAUGUAAUCAUAACCUCGACGAGGCAAGAUUGAGGGCUUCUGAUUGGACAAUAUGGCAGGCAUUACUGUUUUGUGUAAUCAUGGGCUGAAUUUGACUUGCUGUUCCGGGGAAAAGAACGAUGCUCUUCAACGAGUCAGACACCUGCAAACCCAUUCGAGUGCAGUUCUUUCUCCCGAAUUUCAUACUACCUCGGUUUGAGAAGAGACCAGACAACAUGAGACUGGAAAGAACAAGUCUGGACAUGGGAAGGUCGGGGUCGACGCAAGUGUAGUUUAUAUCCGAGUUCCAAAUUGUUGCAAGUUAUGUUGAAACAAAUCGACCUGUUUCCUGCCAUAGUCACUGUCUUAUUUUGAGUAAAUCUUUGCAAAAACAGGAAGGAGUUGUAAAUGAGUAAAAAGCACCGUAGUUGUGAUUCCACGCCACGCAGUAGCUCGACUCAAGAACACGAGAAGAAAACCUUCCCACGUUCUUGCUUUAUUGCUGAACAGUGAGGAACGGGGAGUCGAAUAAACCCAUUUAGACGAGUAUAGUGUCUUAACUAAACAAUAAGUAAACAUUUUGUUAUGUCUGGUCAUUAGGUUUUGUAAACAUGUACCAGUAGUAGUUUUAGGGCUGCAGCCAGUUUAUACCGGUUUGAACCAGAUCCUUUGAUAGAGAUCUGGUUCUUUGCGGCCUGGUUACUAGUGACAUGAAUUACUUAGCGUAAUAUUGUCAGGGAAGUUAUAAUGUAGGGUAGAGGUACGUCGAAAUUUAUAAAUGCAUGUAUUUUUUUGCAAUUAUGACAAUUGAAAUGAAAUUGGACCGCAUCUCAAUGUCAUCAACAUGUUGACUGUGUGCAUGUUGAUGUGCAUGUCGAGCCAGCACAAGAUCGCUUUUGAGGGCGUUUAAGCCUAUAAGAGACACAAUCACUAUUUCAUAUUCAUGUGUCGAAGGUCCUGACCUACCUGAGAAGAGCAGGCAGACAUUGCUCCCAUCUACCAUGCGAACUGUGUGCAUUGCUAGUGCAUUUGCGUGGCUUAGGGCACAAAGGAUAUUCAGUAAGUGGACUAAUGCAUCAUUCCUAUCAUAGAUGCCGACACUGUCCAUCUAUUAUUUUCAGAAACUCUUUUUAAAAUUGCAUUAUGCCAUGUGUGCUCGGCUUACAUGUAACUCUAAAUAUCCAGAUUCCAGAUUCAGAGCGGUACCUAUAUGACGUUAUGGGUACAUAGGCGAACAUGGACAAAUUAACAGCAAAAUGAGGAUGAGAAAGGAAUUGUGCUCGAAGACGAACUGAUAUGACAAAUGUUUUGUAUUGUUACAACAGUUUUUAUGUACAAAAUAAAGCAACCAAUGA